CUAGUGCUGAGCGCAGCACGCCCACGCAGCAACAAACCUGUACUCAAACAAUAAUCAACACACCUGGACUUGAUGAAAGGGAGCGGCAUAAAGACCAGCAGACCCGAGGAACCUUUACCAGGACGUCGCUAACCUUACCCCUCUGCAGUCAACCUGGAGGGGGAACUCUUCAAAGAGCUGAUGAAGGGCUACAACAAGAACGUGCGUCCCAUGGAGAAGAGUGGGGAUGUGACUCUGGUGUACAUCAAGAUGACGCUGACCAACCUCAUCUCCCUGAAUGAAAAAGAGGAAGCUCUGACGACGAGUGUUUGGAUCCAACUGAAAUGGUGCGACUACAGACUGAGGUGGGACCAACCACCCAGGUCAGCGCGGUACAAGAACUUGACUUCUGAGCUCCGCGUGCCCUCAAAGAGCAUCUGGCUGCCUGAUGUCAUCUUGGAGAACAAUGUGGACGGACAGUUUGAAGUGGCGCUCUACUGCAACGCUCUGGUGUCUCCGAAUGGCUGCGUGGAAUGGCGGCCACCCGCCAUCUACCGCAGCGCUUGUGCCAUCAGAGUCAACUAUUUCCCCUUCGACUGGCAGAACUGCACCAUGGUGUUCCGCUCCCAGACCUACAGCGCCUGGGAGAUUGAGCUGGUUCUCAAAGAGGAGGACAACCGCACGCUCGAGUGGGUCGAUAUUGACCCUGAAGCUUUUACAGAAAAUGGAGAGUGGGCCAUCAAACACAGGCCAGCUAAGAAGGUUAUUCACAGCCAGUAUACAAAAGAUGACCUGGAGUACCAAGAAGUGGUCUUCUUCCUCAUCAUCCAGAGAAAGCCUCUAUUCUACAUCAUCAACAUCAUCGCUCCAUGCGUGCUCUUCUCCUCUCUCUGCCUGCUGGUGUACUACCUCCCUGCUAAAGCCGGUGGCCAAAAGUGCACCAUGUCUAUCGCCACUCUUCUGGGCCAGACAGUGUUCCUCUUCCUCAUCGCCAAGAAGGUUCCAGAGACUUCAAAGGCAGGUCCUCUUAUCGGAAAGUAUUUGAAGUUCGUGAUGUCGGUGACCACCAUGGUGGUGAUGAACUGCGUGAUCGUCCUCAACGUUUCCCUGAGAACUCCAAACACUCACAUAAUGUCGGACAGAGUGAGGAAGCUCCUUCUGAACGUUCUGCCUCGACUGCUGAGAAUGCGAAUGCAGCCGUGGGCGCCCAAUGACCACGCCUCCUCUGAAGCCUGUGCCGCCGACGCCCCGAACAGCAAUGGCGACGCUGGAGUCAAUGAGGGGCAGAAGGUGCUUUUGGCCCCAUGCCGACGCCGCAGCUCGAUGAUGCUCAUCAACAAGGCGGAGGAAUAUACUUUAAAAACAGCUCGGACGGAGCUCAUGUUUGCCCGACUCAAAGAGAGAAAGGGACUGAUGAAGUCAGUGUUUGAGAAGUUGAACAAGGGCCUGGAGGGGGGAACGUCUGAAAGGCUUGGCGUCAGUUUGGCUAAAGCUGCCCCGGAACUGAAGCAAUGCGUGGCGUCGUGCAAACACAUCGCCGAAACGACAAAGAAGCACAACAUCUUUCAAAAUGAGAAUGAAGAGUGGUUCCUGGUCGCCAGGGUAAUCGACCGGGUCUGCUUUAUCUUCAUGGCUCUGCUCUUUUUCAUCGGCACCAUAGGUGUCUUCUUGAUGGGUCACUUCAACCAGCCUCCUUCCUCUCCUUUUCUGGGAGACCCCAAGAAGUACCUCCCUGUGAUGAGCAAUCUCACUGACAGCUAGGCGGGCGUAGACCCUUUGGGAUGAAUGGCAUCUUCAUGUUUGUUGAAUCCUAUGUGUCACUUCUGGUGGGCAGACUCCAGGUUUGACUGACGCAUCACAAACUGUAUUACUGUAAAAAAAAAAAAUACAAAUUAACAUACUGUACAUAGAUAUGUGACCAACAGCAGUGAACAUUCGUGUCAACUGCAAACUUGGUGUAUUAUUUGAUAAAGGUUUGUAGAAACCACCAUUUUGUCGAGAGACAUCGCAUUUAUGCCCCAAUGCUGAGAUAGGCGCUCAGCGCCCCCCACGACCCCGAAAGGGAAUAAGCGGUAGAAAAUGGAUGGAUGGAUGGAUGUUAUGGAGCAGUGGUUCUCAACCUUUUUUCAGUGAUGUACCCCCUGAGAACAUUUUUUUAAAUUCAAGUACCCCCUAAUCAGAGCAAAGCAUUUUGUUUGAAAAAAAGUGAUAAAGAAGUAAAAUACAGCACUAUGUCAUCAGUUUCUGAUUUAUUAGACUGUAUAACAGUGACAAAUAUUGCUCAUUUAUAGUGGUCUUUCUUGAACUAUUUGGAAAAAAAGAUAUAAAAAUAACUAAAAACUUGUGGAAAAAUAAACAAGUGACUCAAUUAUAAAUAAAGAUUUCUACACAUAGAAGUGCCCUCUUCGGGGAUUGUAAAAGAGAUCCAUCUGGAUUCAUGAACUUAAUUCUAAACAUUUCUUCACAAAAAAAGAAAUCUUUAACAUCAAUAUUUAUGGAACAUGUCCACAAAAAAUCUAUCCGUCAACACUGGAUAUUACAUUGUUGUAUUUUUUUUCCACAGUUUAUGAACUUACAUUCAUAUUUUGUUGAAGUAUUAUUCAAUAAAUAUAUUUAUAAAGGA